AUGGAAGUAUAUAACAGAUUUUCUGAUAAUGAUGGGUUCUGUAAUUCAUACAUUACGUGUGCUUCGACUGAUAAAGCUCCAAUAGCUAUUAACGGAACUACUGUUCAUACUGCAUUGAAAAUAUCAUUGUCAAAACUAAUUCCGUUGUCAAUAGAAACAGCACAACAAUAUCGAUGCUUAUUUAAAUAUGUCAAAGUUUUAAUAAUUGACGAAAUCAGUAUGAUUGGUGCCGAGCUCUUGAACCAAAUAGAUGCAAGACUAAAGCAAAAAAUAACCGGAAAUUUUGAUGAAAAUUUUGGUGGUCUAGACAUUAUUUUUAUUGGAGAUUUGCGACAAUUACCUCCAGUCCGUGCAACUCCAAUCUAUAAGCAGUCUAAACAACAGAUGAUUGGACCCUUACUUUGGCGAGGAUUAAAAUUCUACGAAUUAACUCAAAUAAUGCGUCAAGAUAACGAAAUGUUUGCUUCUAUUCUCAUAAAAAUUGGCAGUGGUAUUAUUUUAAAUGAUGAUGAAUUAGCCGUUAUCGAGUCUAGAUUUUUUACGAAGGAAGAAGCCUUGCGCCUGUGUCCAAGUGGUGUACGAUUAUUUCAUGAUAAUGCAUCAGUUAACGCAUAUAACGUACUAGCUUUACAAACUGAAAAUAAAAUAGAUUCAAUUGCAAUGGACAUUAUUUCUGGUUGUACUAAUCAUGAACAAGAAGCAAACAUUAGACAAAAAUUACAUAAGUUGUCAGUGAUUGAUACUGGAGGUUUGCCAUACGAAAUCAUUUUUGUUAUUGGAAAACCUUAUAUUAUUACAACUAACAUAGACGUGGUAGACGGUUUAGCUAACGGCACCGUUGGAAAGCUGGUUCAUAUAGAACAAAAUGAUGAAAAUCAAAUAACUCGCAUAUGGCUCGUUUUUCCAGAUAAAAACACUGGUAUGGUGGCUAGAAGAAAAGCCGCUGCCUUUCUUGCGGAACAUAAUAUCGAUAGACGUGCAGUACCUAUCGUACGUCGAACUUCAAGUAUACCACUCAAUAAUAAUAAAACCAUUGUGGGAAAAAGAAAUCAUUUUCCAUUGAUAUCAGGAUGUGCUAUGACUAUUCAUAAGUCUCAAGGAGAUGAAUCAGUUGACUUACCUAAUUUUCAUUGUAUAGCUGAAUUUAAGAGACAAAAUGUUAGAGCCGCUGGAGUUGCCAUUUAUAAAAACAACAAUACUUCACAUAUUACUACAUUCAACAUGGAUUUAGUAAUUCAAAAUGCUACAGAAGUUCAUGCCUCCCAAACAUCUAUUGGCGAUAUAUGUGCUUCACACCAGUGUGGCCAGAUCGCACGAUUUUUUUACCCCUUCUCUAGGCGUCGCGCGCGCCCGUACACAAGUAAGCGAUGUGUGUCUGUGAGUCGGAAAGCCGAGCGGAGCCGAGAGAAUCCGAGACACGUCGACAAAUCGAGGGGAAUGAAGCCCCUGCCACAAGACACAGAGGAGUAA